AGACUCUGCUUUUACGGCAGUGUUAUUAUCAGCCGCAAAGCGAAACGCGUGAAGUCGGAAGAAGGUUAAAGUGAAUCCCACAAACACACGCCGCCAUGCCGUUUGUGGACCUCCAGUCGCGGCUCGGCAUCAACCUGGACGGCUGGCUGCUGCUGCAGAGCGGAGAGCAGCCCAACAAGAGGGCAGCUCGCUGCCACGCCUUCGAGAAGGAGUGGAUCGAGUGUGCCCACGGCAUCGGGCAGACCCGCGCCAAGAAGGAGUGCCUGCUGGAGUUUGAGGACUUCUACGAGUGCAUGCACAGGCAGAAAACACACCAGAGGCUGCAUGCCAUCCGUCAGCAGCGGGACAAGAUGGUGAAGGAGGGGAGCUACACGCCGCCGACCUGCCACUCAGGCAAGCCCGACCAGACGCCAUGAGGGAGUUCUGCUCUUGUUUAUAGUAAAUCAGAUGUCGCUGUUUCCUGUCCGCCUGUACACGUUUGCAAAUAAAUGUUAUCAUCGAAGAGCUUCCGGUCUUUUCCUUCCCUGUCUUUCUACUGUGCACUGAAAUGUGUGAAGAGGCUAAGAAUGAAAACAUUACACUCUAGUACUGUACUUAACUCAAAUUUGAAGUACUUGUACUUAACACGAGUAUUUCCAUUUAAUGCUGCUUUAUAUGGAGAUAUUGUACUUAUUUGUCCACAUGAAAGCCAUACUCAUUAGUUACUUUAAAAGUGAAGAGAUGAUGAAUUUAAAAUAUAAUGCGCUGUUGUAUAUUAAACUACAAAUAGUACUUAGAAUUGAUAAUUGAUCAUUCAAAUCAAGUUUAAUAAUACUUGAAUUUACUCAAGCAAAAAUGUUCAAUACAGUACAAUUAUUUUAGCAUUUUUGUUGACUCCGUAUAUACUGUUCUUUGUUUUUAUCCUCAGAAUUUUAUGUGUUUACUCUUAAACCCUAAUGUGGACUGAAGGCGUCUGCUGCUGUUAAAUAUUUGACACAAUUAUUGAGCAAUAAAGUGAAAACGCUU